CAGAUAGCAAAAAUUGUCACUUUACAAAGCACUAUGGGUAAUCGAGUUGGCAAUGAAAAAUACGCACAGUACAUACAGCUGUUCGGCCCGGCCGGCUGCGAAGCUAGCUCGCGUCACAAGCCAGGAGCCAUAGUUAAGGCUUUUAUUGUGUCUCCUGAUGUGCUGCUUGUCGACAUGUCCUGUACAGUCUGGCUGCACCUUUAUUCUCAACCAUCUGCAGCUAGUGUAACAUGCACGGCACUUCAUGACCUCAACUGAAUAGUGUGCACAUCAAGUUUUCCUCAGUAAUCAGCAUUUUCUCUCCAAGUGAGAUUGUGAUAUCAAUCAUGCAUUGUGCAGCAGCAUCCUGUGUGAACAAUUCAAAAUACAGGGAUAGGUUGAUUGUUAUGCCACAUGUAAUUGAACUACAGUUCCAUAAGGCACAUGCAGAGGACUACACUAAAUGGGAAAAGAAGCUUGACAAGACGGAUUACAGGGUGUCACAGUAUACAAGAAUUUGCAGUAAUCACUUCAAGUAUGGUAAGCCAUUAGCAGGGAGUUCUGUUCCUACACUGUACAUGCGUUCCUACCCGGACUGGGCAUUGUCAAGAAAACAGGCAGCUAAGGAAGUUGCAGCAGUAGAAAAUGGACUGAUUUGUCAUGCAUUGGUGCAUGUGUGUAAGUAUCUGGACCCACAGACAACAACUAGACUUGCGGAGCAGCUGAGAGUACAACCUGGAAAGAACAGUGACUGUAUUUUCCAAAAAUUGCUGUCCAUGUCUAGUACUGAGGCUAGACAGUUAUUACAGCAAGUUGCACCAAUUGUGCCGGGAGGAAAAUGUUUAGAGGCCCUCCAUAUUUAUAGAUAUGGAGCCUUGUGUGAAGGGACCGGUUGGUUAUCGGCUCAGUUUCAGCCCACUAAAGUUGACUCUGUCUGCGCUAAUAAAAGGAAAGACUGUAAUCCUUAUUCAAUACCUGCCUUCCAUUCAUAUGCCAAACCUGAAACAUUCAAACAGUCCACAGAGAUGGUUCAUUGUGGACACCAGUGUAAUAGAAAAGAGGGUGUAGCUUGGAGGAAGCACAACAAUAAAAAACAAAGAUUAACAGCAGUGGAAUGUAAAGAAGAAGUACUUUAUGAAAAUUACUUCCAUGGAGAUUCAACUCUUAGGGAAACACAAAAUAUCCAGCUAAGUGAAAAAAUCACUGAAUCUGAAAGUGCAUUGAAGUGCACACAGCAGAUCAUGAAAGGACCAAAAGUGUCCAUCGAGUCAAUAAAGCAUUCUGAUGAACUUAUUCAGCUUCAUACCGGGUUGCCGUCAUAUCAGUACUUCAAGUGGAUUUAUAAAGAAGUUGACAAGGCAUCAGAAAAUAUGAAAUAUUGGCAUGGUAAUGGAUCAGAAAAGGCCAAAAAAUAUAUAGAAACCAACCAGAAAAAGCCUGGACCAAGUCGAGUGGUGUCUAAAGAAAAUGAACUCCUGAUAACUUUAAUGAAGUUAAGACUUAACAUGAUGGAGGAGUACCUGGCAUACCUUUUAAUGUUAAGCAGCCCACAGUCUCCUCCAUAUUAUCCACAUGGAUUCCGUUGUUGA